GGGGAGUGGGGACCGGGAUGCGGAGAGGGAUGCCCUGGAUGCGGAGAGGGAUGCCCUGGGAUGCAGGCGCUGAGAGCGCACGGGCUCGGGGUGGGGGGCAGGCAGCGCACGAGACACGUAAGGUCCGGGUGGCGGAAUAUCAGUCCGGUCUGUCUGCACACAGCCCUGUCCCGGGAACUCAGAGCACCGAGCAGGGCCCCCUGACCUCAGAGCCCUCCGGAAUUAUUCUCUCAGGUUUUGGCCCUCGGGGGGCCCGAGACCCAGAAGGAGGUCUCUUCCCUGAGAGAAGCAGGCGAUUUGGUCAUGCUGACCCAGCGAGCCUUGAUAAGCAUGAAGCUUUUACCUCUGGUGUUGCUGGCCUGGUGUGCGACCAUCUCCCCAGCGCAGGCAGGCAAGAGCUCUGAAGACAUCCGGUGCAAAUGUAUCUGCCCACCAUACCGUAACAUCAGUGGACACAUUUACAACCAGAAUGUGUCACAGAAAGACUGCAAUUGUUUACAUGUGGUUGAACCAAUGCCUGUACCAGGCCAUGACGUGGAGGCUUACUGCCUGCUGUGUGAGUGUAAAUAUGAGGAAAGAAGCACAACCACUAUCAAGGUCAUCAUCGUCAUUUAUCUGUCUGUGGUGGGUGCCCUGCUCCUGUACAUGGCCUUCCUCAUGCUGGUAGAUCCUUUGAUCAGAAAGCCAGAUGCCUACACUCAGCCACUUCACAAUGAGGAGGAGAAUGAGGAUGCCCGUUCAUUGGCUGCAUCAGCCACCCCCCUGACAGGACCCCGAGCUAACACAGUGCUGGAACGGGUAGAAGGAGCCCAGCAGCGAUGGAAGCUGCAGGUGCAAGAACAGAGGAAGACGGUGUUCGAUCGUCAUAAGAUGCUCAGCUAGAUGGCCGAGUUGGUUGGGCCAUGGAGAAGAGGAAGCAAUGAGGGCUGGGGGACGGGGGCCUGUUUCUCCCCUUCCUCCCUCUCUUUUCUCUCUCAAUCCUUCCUGUUACAAGCCGAUGGCAUUGUCCUUCUUUCCUAUCCACCCUGUCUUCUCCCUCAGACAUGAUGUUCUAAGCCAGUGAUUUAGGGAGGGUUAGCCCCGUUCCUCAGUGCAUCUCAGGGCUUUGGAUUUGGGGGGAGGUAAUAGACUCAAAGGGAACAAAAAGUCAUCAGGAUUGGGUAGGAAAUAUCUUCCCUCCUCUUAUGCCUUCCCCAACUUCUCUCCAAAUCCUGGAGAGUUUCAUGAAGCGAGGGCAUGUGGAAUAUCUUGGCUUGGAGGGUCAGUAAGCAAAUCCUGCCCAGCAUGUCCUUGCUCCUAUCUCCUCUGCCAUGCUGUAGAUUCAGUGAGACUAUUCCCCACCCUCACAGACACAGUCAUCACACACCACAACUUCUGUUCCAUCCUGACCCGAAUCCUAAAGUCAUUUCCACUGGAAAACCAACAUCCUGACUUCUUAGCCAAGGCCCAAGGUUCUACGGUCAAGGGAUAGCCUUCCCGAUGUCUUCCUCUCUGUGUUCAUUUCUUCUCUAGCUAUAACCCCAUACCUCCAUCUAUUUCUUAUUUUACUACUGAAUGUCCUAAUGCUGCGGGACAAACGUCUCCCAUCCUGACCAACUUAAAACUGAGACCAUCCCAACCACCUCUACUCCCAGCUGCUAAUUCAAAGGAAAAUGGCUGUAUCCUCUGACAUCCUAGGGGGAGAACCAGAUUUACUCCUGAGCAUCCAGGUGUCCCAAAGAUUAUUCCCUCAAUGUAUGGAGAGAAGUCAGUUUGCAGUCCUGCCUGUAAAGCCAAGGAAAUAAUGAUUAAAUCAUGUUUUAUCUCCCUCUCCAUCCCCAGCCUUCAGCAUCUCAGGAGCCUUUAAGAACCAGGAGAUAUGGGGGGCAUAUUAUUAUUCUCUAUUACUCUGAGUGGGAAAACAGAUCUGGAGAAUGGAUCUGCCAGUAGUUCUUGGGGCUAGAGUAAACAGCAGAAUCCAGAUAACUUGUCUUCCAAACCAAGCUCUGUUGCUAGCAAACCUUUCAGAUGGAGCCACUUCCCCAAGGGGAAGAGAAUCCCAAUCAUGGGGAUCCCUGGAUUCCAAAGCUGUGGUUUUGUGAAUCACCACCCUGAGACCAGAACUUUAAGCCCUUGAGAUUUCCCUUCCUCCCUCAUUUUUGCUUAUCCUGUUUGGUGCUUUGCUCAGGUCAACACCUGGUGCUGUUCUGAUAGUGGACAAAUUGAGUGAAUAUCAAUGACAAUGAAUACCUGGGAAGAUCUUUUGACACUAAAAAUAACAAGGGAAGGUUAGAAAAUUGGGGAAGACUGUCUGAGAAAUGGGGAUUACUUAGCACAAGCAAAUGGCCCCAGUUUCUAAGGCCUCUCAGGAAGGCCUGAAUACUGGAUCAGCCAUUGAGCACAGUGGAGAGAUAAUAGUGGAAAGGGACAGAAAUAAGAAAAAACCCGGCUAGAAAGAAAAGGAAAAAAAAAAAACAGGCAGAAACAGCAAGUCAUUGAAAUCUCUGUCUUAGGAAUAUACAGUUAAAUGUAUUGAAAACUCCCAUAUAUGGAACCUCAAUGUAGGCCAUGGGGGAUUUCUAAAAGAACAAAACUUUUCAGAACCAAGAUCCAAAAUUACAAAGUUUGAAAUAUUACAAGUAAAUAUGAUGAGUAGUACAAAGAGUGGAAAGGGGAAAAGAAUGAAAUAAUGAGACCCCGCUAUAGAUAGUCAAGGGCUUCCUAGGAAAGGGGAUUUUAGAAUGGGGUUCUGAAGGACUGAAAAACAUUGUUGGAAAGAACCUUGGAGUGGGGUGAAGGUAUUUAAGGCAGAAAAAAUAGUCACAAGGGUAUAGAAAUUAAUAGAAAUGGGCUAAAUGUGGGAUACUAAACAAGUGAAGUAAGUGCAAGAGGUUAAAGGGACAUGAGAAUUAUGUAAAAGUUCUGUAGCAUCACUCCCACAUCUGAUGGGAAUGAAUGGAUAGCAAGAGAAUCAAGUUGCAAUUACUAAGUAUUUAUUGUGUGAAUAAAUUGGCAGCAGGAUAGUUGAGUGGAUAGAGCACUAGAAUUGGAACCUAGAGAAAGACAUAAAUUUGACUUAACUGUUUUCACCUAGGUAGAUAAUGAAAUCUCUUGACCUGCUCCCUUAUCUAUAAAAUGGGGAUGAUAAUAAUAGCAUGUAAUAAGAGCGUUUUAAAUUUCAAUGAGAUAACCUGUAAAGUGCUCUGUACGCCUUAGAGUAUGAGUAUCCCAAAAGUCUUAGUAUUUAACCCCACACUUAGUAUCCCAAAAUCACAGCAUGGCUCUAAGAACUGAGGUUUUUGGGACACUGUGUCAAUACUCUUGCUAUGAAUCAGGCACAUAAAAAAACAAAUAAUCCCUUUGCUCAAGUAGCUUACAUUCUUUUGGGAGAGAAAGCAUAUGUAGACAAAUGGAUGUAUCCAAAUUGCAUCCAGAGUGGUUAGAUGGUACCCUUAAAGAAGGAAGCACCAGUUGCUAAGAGAACUGAGAAAGAAGGAAGAAAAUGAAAAGGUUUGGAAGGAUUGUAAAUGCCUAAUGCAGCAUUUGCUAUGAGAUCUUGACAGUGCGAUUCACUAUAAUUAAUCUGAUGAAAAGAGGUUGAUUUGGCCAGUUAUGUGCCUAUAGGAAAAUCACUUUAUCAUCUGGAUGGAGCACAGACUAGAGAAUGAAGAAAACUUGAUGCAGGGAGAUCAAUUAGGUUAUUGCAAUAGGAAGAAGAGAACAAGAAUCUUAUUCACCUACUAUGUGCUACGCAUUGUGUGUGCUAAGUACUUUAAUAUCUCGUGAUCAUUAAAAUAAUGGGAGGUAGGUUCUAUGUAUGACUCAUUUUGCAUUUGAGGAAACUGAGGCAGACAGAGGUUAAAUGAAUUGUUUAGGCUCACACAGCUGGUAAGUGUCUGAGACUAAAUUUGAAUUCCAUCUUCCUGACAAGAACAGCGUUCUUAACCCCUUAGCUGCCUUUAGAACCUUGAGCUAGGAUGAUCCUUCUGUGGGUGGAGAUAGAAAGGACAAGGUUUGACCAGAAAUGGGGCAAGUGAGAGAAGAGGAAUUGAGGAUGCCAUUGAGUUUAAGAACCUUCCUAACUAGUAGAGAAACAAAGCAGUCUAUUUCUAUUGUUAUAAGAGAAGGCAUCUCCUGGGAGUGGGAUGAGAGUUUUGUGGGAAACAAUUAACUAUUGGCUUCUCUGGAGGCAGAGGGAUGGAAGAUGGAUAAAAUGCCUUUUCAUUAUCCUCACUUCUAGGAAUCUCUUGCUAUGGUACAUCCCCUACCUCUCGAAAAAUGAAAAAAUCUUGUACUACAUCCCUAAAAAGUUCUAGGUAUAAAAUUCUCAAGAACUUUUUUAUUAGCCCUAUGGAUGGUCUGAGUUCAGUAGUAGAUCUACUCUGAAGAGUAUCUGAUUUUAUGCUAUCCCAAUAUAUGAAAAAUGAAUUUACAGAAAAUAUUUUAGUGGGUGAUUGAUUAUUCACUUAAUAAGAGGGCAAACUGGAAUUCCUUAAGGUAACCAUUUCCUUGUUUAUUUAAAAUAUGUCACUUUACCAAAAGAACUCACAUACUGCUUUUGCAGCAGCAUAUCUACUGUCUGAAAUAAACCAAACAUUCUGUCUUCUAAAAUGAAGAAAAGUCCAGAGUUUUAGGAGGACAAAUAUAACCCCUGUGGGUGUCCUGAGAGGGGAGGAAAGUCUUGCAAGAAAAAACUUGAGAGAUGGUAUAUGAAUGCUUUGUUUUAUUGAACUCAAAAAUAAUGUAAUAUGCACAUGAGGCUGGAAUAACCAAUGGAGUAUUUAGGGUUUUGUUUUUUUUUUUUAGGCAGUAGGACCAAGGUUCAAAUCCCUCUGACAUUUAUUAGCUGUGUGAUGGUGGGCUUCAUCUCCAUGUACCUCAGACAACUUUCUAGGACAUGGUACUAAAUCACAGAUGGGUUGUGAUUUGCUUGGUGAUGAAAAUGUGCACCGCACUAGGAUUCUGUACAUUGAAGAAAUUACAGCCCCUUUGAGCAUUUGCAUGAUGUGAUAGUAGAUGUACUUUGUGGGGGCAUUUUUUUUUAUGCUGAGGCAAUAGAGGUUAAGUGACUUGCCCAGGGUCACACAGCUAGGAAGUAUUAAGUAUCUGAAUUCAGAUUUGAACUCAAGUCCUCCUGACUUCAGGGCUGGUCCUCUAUCCACUGCACCACCUAGCUGUUCCUUUGUGGGGACUUUUGAUGUCAUCAUGCAUAAGAGUUAAACAUGAGUUCCACCAAAGUCCCAGGUUCUGUUCAAAGCAGAGAGGUUGGGCCUAAGUUGGACAAAAUUUUAAAGUCAACAAAAGUCAUCCCCAACCUUCCUAGGUUGGUAAAAUGCUUUAUUUAGCAUACUCUCCUUUCUAAAGUGUGAAGUGGGGGGAUUCUGAAAGAAAGAUGGGUUUAGGGAGAAAGGAAAGCGUUUUUCAGUGGUCUUCCUCAUGGCACUUUUAUAUCCUGGGAAAUGGAUUAAGCCUAAUGAUGGAACACAAUAUAUAUAUAUAUAUAUAUAUAUAUAUAUAUAUAUAUAUAUAUCCAGCUGCUUGCCUGGGAAUGGGGUUCCUUGAUUCUGAACCAGAUACUACACCUUGGAAGGUACUGUAGGUGAUUGUAUAAGCUCUGGGAAAAACAAUCUGGAUUUGCUAAAUCUUGUUCUCUACCCUUUCUGCCAACUCUCACUUAUCUUUACACACAGUGACCUUCAGAACCCUUGAGGUGAGAGAAGAGCUUGAUUUGGGGAAGUGCAGGACAGGAGGUUCUAGUCCUACCUUGAGUCACUAUGUUUGAAGGAUCUUCAGAGGACAAUUUACCCAAUCCAUACCUAAACAUCUCUCCAAAAUGGUCAUCCAGAUUGUCCCCAAAGCUUAAAAAAAAAAAAAAGUUUUCUGAUCCAACAACUUCAUUCUGUACAUGAGGAAACUGAGGCCCAGGGAAUGUUUUGGGUUUUUUUUUUGUUUUGUUUGUUUGUUUUUUUGCCUAGGACCCCAUAGAGAGCAUCUGGGAAAGGAAAUAAACUUAACCGAUGGGUACCUACCUCACUGAAACAACCUACUUCACUCUGGGAUCAUUGUGGGUUAUGUUGGGCGAUUUUGAUCUGCCUCUACAAUUUCCAUCCAUGCUCCUAGUCCAUUCCCUUGGGGCUAAGUAGAAAAAUCUAAUCAUCCUUCUGCAUGGUAAAUAUUUUCAGCUAUCAUGACUCCCUCUCCAAAUAUUAUUUUCUCAUGGCCAAUCAUCCUUCAAGUCUUCUUAUGUUAGUGUCCAUACCUUGCCCAUUCUAUUUCCCCUUCAGAUUCACUUCAGUUUGUCAAUGACCUCCCUAAAUUGGGGUGCUUAGAAAUGAACACAAUCAGACAAAGUCAGUUCAAAGACAGAUAUAGACAGUAUUUAAUGAGGAGCUACAUCAUGUCUGUAAUACAAGUCACUUGGAACAAAAUCCACUUGAAAAGUGCAAAAGAUUACCAAUUAUCCCCAUGUAUGUAGGGAAAAGGAAGGAUGGGUAACUCAAAAGAGCAAAUGAAUCAGAUAUCCAUUAUCUUGGCUUUGGAAUGCCAUCAGGGGUACACACCCCAAAAGCCACACACUUGGACGUUAAAAUAAUCUCUCCCUCGGUACGGUUUACCCAAUUCCUUACCUUUAGACAUGGUCUAUUGUCAAUAACCUAACUCUGGUUGAGUUGGGGCAGUGCCAAGACAAGAAGGUCCAGGUGAGGUUUGAAAAUUGCACUCCCUUGGUAUCCUCUGGUGGCUUUAAACCUUCACUAUAAAACCCAGCUUUAUCACAAAAUAAAUGUCUGCAUGCCAUGGAGAAGAGAAUGGGGGGAGGGGGAAAGGCAUGCAAAAUACAGGGUGUCCCCAAAAGUCUUAGUGCAGUUCUAAGCUUUAUGUUCAUUCAUAAAAAGAUAUCCAAGUAUUUCUUGUUGCAUCACCCUAUACAUUGUGACCUAUACCCUUGCUUACUUUGGAUAACUCACAUCUCUAGCUGGGCGACUCCAGUUUAUCAAUUCAUGACUAUUCAGGAGUUAACUAUGUUACUGAUCAUCAGCUAAUAAAUGCAAUAAUGAUAACCCA